UUAAGUGAGUGAGUGAGUUGUGUGUAACGGGUGCUCGACUGUGAGAGCCACAGAGAGUGUGCGGUGUGGAGGCUGAGGCUGCUGUGAGAGAGACCACGUGUUACUGAGAGGCGGAGCGAGUCUUAUGACGUCUUAGAUGGAGUUUCCCGGCUCCCUGUUCCCCUCGUUCUACAGUGAGGGGCCCUGUGCUAGGGAGGCUCCCAGUGACCUCUCUGUGUUUGGAUUCGGGGGACACGGCACAGUUGAACCCAGUAACAGCAGACAGGAUGGUUACAAGUUCAUUCCCCUGUACACGAGAACUGCAGAGAGAUGGAAAGCAACCGGCCCUGCACCAAUCCCACUGCUGCCUCCCAACCAUGGUCGUGAGAUUCCUCCGGUGUUUGUAUCUGACAUUGUACAAGAAACAAGUAAAAGGGUCACUAUGAGAAAUACUCUUGUGAGGAAAAGCAAAGUACAACUGGAUUUCACUAAGCAGCUGGGCAAUUUCUCAUUGGAUCACAGUGACACAGCCUUCCAGUGUAUGGGGCAACUGCUGGAACCUCACUGCUACCUGGGGGAUAAAGAUGUUUAUAGGCAGGUGAGACUCAAUACAAAGAAAAUGACGGGGAUGCUGCAGUCCCUGCGCCAUGCUGUACACAGAGAUUGCCCCUUUUCUUACUCUGACUCCCAGCUGCGAUGCCUCUCAUUCCUGGCAUGUGAUUGGCUCCAGGACAUACCCCCAGCGAUGCUGGCUCAGCGUGUCCAUCAGGGAUUGGCAGAUGAGUGGAGACAACUGCAGUACAACACUCAGAACACUGGGGGAGCUCUGUCUUACGCUGCAUAUCCUCAGGGGCACUACGGAUGUUUAAUCUUCCCACAAGGAGAAGCAAUGAAUGAGUUACAUUUCCAGCAGGUUAAAGUAAAUGUGGAAAGUGGGGGUCACACGGUGAAAAUACUAGAAGAUCCGGCCGUGUUUGAACUUAAUGGAAGAAUCCAACAAGUGUCCUCAGACAAAUCGGGUUCAUCAGAAGAAGUUCUGGUAGGAGUUCGCUCCAACUACCACUUGGCCUCCUGGAAAUUCUCCUCCCAAGAUCCCCCGAGAUCCCUUCAGGUGAUUAAUACUCAGAGCCCCAGUACCUGUAUCAAUGUCAGCCCUUACCUGCCCGGGGAGCUGUGUGUGUGCACUGAACAUGGGGGUCUCUAUCUGUGGAAUGUGGAGACCGGGCUGAACCUGCUUCGUAAUGAUUCUGACACCCUGUUUUUCCGUGAUGAUCUUGACUGGAGGUGGGGUGAUUACACUUCCCACCCACGGGUGCUGACGUAUGCAGACAGGACUGGAGUUCAGUCUGUGGACAUAAGGGUACCUGAUGCUCAGGGGUUGGACAUUUUCCGUAUUGGACAAGAAGCUUCAUGUCAGAGGGGGGAGAGAGUCAUCUUACCCCGCUGCCUGAGAGAGGAGAACCCAGCGCACUGCCUCAUUACUACCCAGUUCUCAGUGUACAUCAUGGAUGAGCGAUUUCCAUUGGUUCCUCUCCUGAAAUGGGAUCACAUGUUCCAAUCUCCACCAUCCUUUGCCCAGAUUAUCCCUUGUAGACAAAGCAGCCGAUCCAACAAGGUUGUACUGGGAAGCCAGCGGGGAGAGACCCUCAUGCUGCAGUAUACAGGUGGGACCCUGUCUCCAUUACAGAUGCUCUUCCCCACCCUGAGUGUCCCUCAGCCCUCACAAUGCCUGGCCCACCUGCCUCCGUUACAGCCCCUCCAUCAUGACUAUGUGGCACAGAGGCUUGCAUCUCCGGGAGCGGGAUUGGCUGCAGCCCACAUGACAUCAGACCAGGAUUCUAUUAUGGUCUUUAGCUUGACAGACCCUGGAGAUCUCUUCUAUCAGACCCUGGUGCACCAACCCCCUGACAGUCCAGAAGAUUCUGACCAAGGGGAGGGUCAAAGGCAUCCCACCCAUCAGCAUACUUCAGCACACCCCCUGUCCAAUCACAAUGCAGAAUCCAUUUCUACCCAUGAAGAAGGACAGACUGUACCAGGAGAUGGCAGCACUGAAAGUCUCCCAGUACAGGACCGUACAAUUUGCUCUCUGUCUUCUCAGUCAGACCCCAACUCUCAAAAUGGCUCUGCCCAUGAAGCUAAUGGGGCUGCCCAAUCUACAAACCUUCAGACAGAAAACAGGACGGGUAUUUCCCAUCUCAGUUCCAAGUCUCUGCGCUGCCUACAGCGGUGGCUACGUGCCCUUAACCAGGAACUGAAGCCAAAGGGCCCCAGCCGCCCUAAGUUUGGAAUAAAGAAAUUCUUGAAGAGUCUGGAAGUGAGCGAAUCAGACUCUGGCAAAUCUGUUUCGGCCUCAGACGAGCUGCGCAGGACUCUCCUAGAAAGUAUGAGGCAUGGGAAUCUGGUGCAGCUAAAUACCCCACUGGUGUCUGGAGCUUUAGAGCCUGUGUGUCCCCAAACCUGGAAGGACCCACUAAGCCAGAGGCUGACAGCUGCAUGGAACGGGCAGUUGGGCUUCUGGUGGGAGGACUACCUUGGACUGAACCGACAGAGCAAAGUGCAGUCUCUGAGAGAGCGACGCAGGAGGCAGAAGUUGCAGAGGGCAAGAUCUUGCAGCAGGUUGUCUGGGAGCUUCACCUCGUCCCUCAGUCUGGACUCCAGUACCUACGAUCAGAGUUCUGCCUGGUCUGUCUAUAGUGAACCUCUCUCUGAACCAGAACCCAUUCCCACAGGCAGCAAGCGAAUGAGGAGCCCUCCCCCAGAUCACCAGUCUAGUUGGACUGAUACACAGGAAUCCAUGGAUGCUACAGAGACUCAGCAUAGAGAAUUGGGGCACAAGAGUUGGCCAGAAGAUGGCAACUCCCAGACACCCAAUGACAGCUCUUCCCUCCUGUCUUCCCAGUCCCUGAAUUUUAGGGGAAUCCCACGUGAGAGGAGGAAAACCGUCCGAGAUUUCAUCUCUCUCCUGGGUAACCCCAGUGAACCCCAAACCCACGCUAGGAACGCUCCUGCCUCCUCCUUCCCUUCUCAGACCAUUUCCCUCUCGCAGCAGUCUCAGUCGCUCUCCCAGAGGUCUCAAUCCCGAUCCCAGCAGUCAAAAAAGAGACCCCGAAUGGGAUUCUGAUCCUAAAUACCAACCCAUGAAAGGCUCUGGGGUUUUUGCAAAACAGGUUCAGAAACCGCUGUGCUGCAAGGUUUAUUUAACACAACAUGUUUGGAGCAAGGUGGCUCUUUAUCAAGUGUUAGUGCACAUAUUACAUCAGGUAAUUAUAUCCCUCUGGCAAAUAAGGUCACUGCAAUGGGGAUAUUCAAGCCUGACCUCCCAAGUCCAUAGUGGUCACAAGUCCAUGAAGCCUACAGAGCCCAAAUGGCUACAAAACCCUUUCGUAUUUUCUACUAAAUCCAAUCAGUUUAAUCAGACAAUAAUACUGCCAGUGUUACCUACCAGUAUGGCGUUGAUAUAAUGUGGUGAGUUGUAUUUAUAUCCUAUUCACAAUAUAGGGCAGCAGUAGCAUUUCCCACUAAAGGAAGAGAGAGUACAGAUUAGUCAACAAGUAAUAAUAGAAAUAAACGACCAGUUUAUAGGAAGCAUGCUGUACUCCAUUGGUCAUUUGUACAUGCUUGAUAUAUAUAUAUAAUAAAGUACAUUUUUUUUUAUA